AUGUCUGUGGCCAAUACCUCUACGGUUUUGAAUGCCAUUAAACAUGAUUAUGCCGAGUUGAAGGAACACUACGAAAACAUCCUCGGUGCACAGGACACUGACUCCAAGAUACAUUGGCAGAACCAGUUCACGUGUGAAUUCGCCCCACACUCGCUCGGAGAGGAGCUCGUCGUCUAUCCGGCCACGGAGCGGCAUCUGGAUCAAGGGGGUAAGGAGAUGGCUAACAAGGAUCGCAAAGAGAACCUCAAGGUCAAAGAACUCUUGUACAAGUCCCAGAAACUCUCGCCGUCGGACCAAAGCUUUGAACUGACCAUCAUGUCGCUCUGGUCCGAGCUAAUACAGCACGUCCAGGGAGAAGUUUUCCACAAUCUUCCGGCUCUCGAGAAGACCUCGGCAGAGGGUGAUUCGCAGUCUAUGGCGAGCAGUUUCGGAAGGACGAAGAUGUUCGGCUCCACACGUAGCCACCCUUCGGCCCUAGACAAGCCUCCAUUCGAGACGGUGGCGGGACUGAUGGCAGCACCCUUGGAUAAACUGAGGGAUCCUUUCCGACAGUUUUCGGAGUAG